UCGGUCCAGGUUUUUAAAAUUACCCUCUACUUCUUCCUGGUUUAUUUUGUACACGAACAUGUUUUUGUUCAAUGAAGUAUAAACAAACCUCAAAACUCACCAAGUUGUUUUUAUGAACGAUUGGAUAUCACGGAAGUAGAUUCUAAAUCAAUUUGUUUUCAGUCUUGUUUUUAUUUCCUGAUCAUGAAUUAGGAAUGAUCGUCUUUCACGUUUAGGGCACACAAAACAAGAUGAUUAGAUAAAAACUGCAAGGAAAUUUUGUAAAAGCCCACACCUAGCCUGGAUGUUCUGCAACUUCCUUUUUUGGACUUGUGUGUGUAGUAAGUUGCUAUUGAUAUCCUGACUUCCUACUGUGGCCCUUGGCUGCUGGAGAAAGUGACGUCUUGAAGUUUAAAAGGGAUGGCAGAGAAAGAGCGGUCAAAGUUAAUGCGCAAUGGGAGUGAUGGCUUUCCUAUCAAGACCGGUGUUCUCCUAAAGAAUGCAAUCAUCAAAAGGAGAAAUUUCCAUACAGAAAAUUACAAGUAUCGACUGUUUGAGCUUACAGAGCAGAUGCUAACAUACUAUGAAGGGGACCUCAAGAGCCGGGGCAAGAAGAAGGGUGCCAUCCCUGUAUCGUCUAUGAAAGUUGUUAAGGAAGUUGAAGACAGAUCCCUUGAUGAGAAGGAUAAUGUCUUUCAGAUUGUGUUCCAGGAAGGGAAGAAUGACUUUUCCACCUUGUAUGUCAUAGCCAGCUGUGACCCAGAGAGGGCUGCCUGGCUGGAAGUUAUACGGGCUUGUGCUCUCCGGAACCACGCUCAGUUUCACAGCAAGUACCACCCAGGAGUGUGGACGAAGAAGGUUCCAUACUACAACUGCUGUCAUCAGUCAGACAGGAACGCUGUUGGCUGUAAAUGUGCAGAUGACAUUUUGCGAAGACCUGUUGCCCCCCCACCCCCUCCCCCUCGUCCAGACACAUCAAAGCAGAGAAUCUAUGUGGCUAUGUACGACUACACACCUUCCGAUGAACGGGGGCUGGAGCUUGUCCAGGGUGAGAAGGUCACAGUCAUCGAUGACUCUGCAGAACACUGGUGGAAAGUUGAAAAUUGCAAUGGUCAGAGAGGUUACAUUCCAUCCAACUUCAUCAAGCCCAACAUUGGUCUGGAUGUAUUCGCGUGGUAUUACAAGGACUGCUCUCGCAAAGAAAGCGAGCGCAUCUUAAAGUACACCGGCAAGGAAGGUUGUUUCAUGGUGCGGGACUCCGAGAGCAGCCCAGGGGAGUACUCUCUAGCCAUUUACACAUCGGAGAAGGGAGGCAAUGUACGACAGUAUCGGAUCAACCGCAACGAGCUGGGACAGUAUUACAUCUCUACCCAACACCCUCACAACAGUAUUCAGGACCUCAUUUAUUACCACAAGCACAAUCCAGGAGGUAUCUACACACGUUUACGAGAACCCCCGGGACAUGGCAACAAACCAGCUACUGCCGGAAUCUUCUUCGAUCUAUGGCAACUUGAUCCUCGGAAGUUAACAAAGGGACCGGAGCUGGGCCGAGGUUGUUUUGGGGUGGUGUACAAGGGGGAGUACCGCGAAGGGCCCUCUCCUAUACCGGUCGCCAUCAAAGAAAUUGAGGUCCAACCAUCGUCUGACGAAGUGGAACAGGAAAUCAAAACCAUGACGCAACUCAAACACACAAACUUGGUACAGCUGUAUGGAGUGGUGCUAGUCGACAAGGGGAAGCAGUUGAUAAUUACUGAGUUACUUGACCAUGGUGCCUUAAACAUGUACUUGAGGGAACACCGGCCAGAGCUGCUCAACAAUCAGAACCAACUACUGGAUUUUUCCCUGAUGGUUUGCAGAGCAAUGGAGUACCUGGACCAGAAGAAAUUCAUCCAUAGAGACUUGGCCGCCCGGAACUGUCUGGUCUCCAGAGAUCUGAUAGUGAAAGUUGGCGACUUUGGUCUGGCCAGGAUGGUGCUCUCUGACGACAACUACCAGAUGUCCACGGGGACCAAGUUCCCCAUCAAGUGGGCGCCUCCAGAGGUGCUCCACCACCGCACGUUCAGCAGCAAGUCAGACGUGUGGGCUUACGGUAUUUUGCUGUGGGAGAUCUAUUCCUUUGGUGAGAUGCCAUACUCCGGCAUGAAGAACCCGGAGGUGGCUAAGUACGUCGGCGAGGAGCGGAAGCGACUGGACAAGCCGCGCCACACCCCCAAGCCGCUGUAUGAUCUGAUGAUGGAUUGUUGGGCAGAGAUUCCAUGUGAACGGCCCUCCUUCACCAGCAUUAAAAGACGUCUAGAAAGUCUCAACGCGAAAGGAGACUACAUUCCUGCAGAGUUUGCUCCUUUUUGAAUUUAAAAAACUUUUGUUUUUUCAAUACCAGAAUUGUUUGUUUUUUGUUUUCAUUGCAUCCUUGCAGAAAUCGUCAAGUCUUUCAAAGUGUCUGGCACUCCUAGAUUUUCAUAGUUAUAGUUUUUCUGUGCAUGUUACGAUUUGAAGCAAAGGAUCAUACAAAGUCUGUUUUUUUCCCACUCAAUUUGCUAUGA